GACUGCUACAGUGCUCCAUGUUUUUCUCGACAAUUAUCGGGACUGUUCUUCCGGGAAAGGUUUUCGCCACCCUGCGAAUCAGCUGUUAUCGGCUGGGCGAUUACCGGGCACAGCAUUACUGCGCUUUUCGCAAUGGCGGUAACCAAGUAUGUGGUUCUACUGUGGACAGUCACAGUCAUUCAGCUGUCUGGAUGUUGCAGCCCAUCCCAAACAGAAAGAUUGAAUGAAAUCCUAGAGGAGGGACUGCGGCAGCAACGUCAGGACGACCUGGUGAUACUGCCGUUUGACCGCGGCUGGGGAGGAGCGAGCGAGCCGUGGCCGGUCUACAAUCAAGCCGGGCUGGAGCGUCCACACCUGGGCGAUCAUGUGACGUUCACCUGUCAGCUGCCGCAUGGUAAAGACGGGCACGAAGUAUCCUGGCGACACCACAACCGUGUCGUCUUCGAACGCGGCCAGCCGGUGGGGCCGGUGGAGGACGGGCACGAGUACAGCUUCAGCCAGCAGGACAACGUCCUGCUCUUCCGCAUCCAUAACGUCUCCUUCCUGGCCAGAGGCGAGGUGACGUGUCGGGACACCGUCACCGGCAUCCCCCUCCAACGCUACAGGCUCCUGCCGUUAGUCACACGCGCCAACCAGGUGUUCGCUACACCGCUGCCCAGUCAGCGGCUGACCGCCGGCGCCACCCUGACGAUAUCCUGCGCGCUGCGUCGGCCGCUGUCACCGGAAGUGAUCCAGAAUGAUUUCCCGCUGAACCAUGUGAUGGUGCGCCAUAACGGCCGGCUCGUGAGCACGCGGCCGGCGGAGGCGCUUUACUCCCUGCCCCCCUUCGAGCCGCCGUCCCCGGAGGACGUGGAGGCGUUUACCGCGGCCCGGUUCCUGAAUCGUCCUGGCUUCGACAAGCGGAUUUUCGUGGAUAAACACAUACCCAAUAUCACCGCCCUCACCGGCAACGGACCGGCGGAAUGCUGGUACCGGCCGCAUGUCGGUCUCCAUGAAUGGAUUGUGCAGAGGGCGCUGAUCGUGGUGCAGUGACACAGUUGGUGCCGUCAGCCAGUGAUUACGAAUUCAUGCAAUUAGCCAUUUACUCGCACAUCCUGCCCAGCUCUCGCAUACUGAUCCUCUUAAAUUAAUUUAAAUUGAUGCAUUUCCGGACUCGAGAGUGCUUGUUCAGUUUACCAAGGAUUUCGUCUAUUAUUCUGUUAU